UCAAAAAAUACAAUCAAUAAAGUAAAGUUUGAUGAUCCAAGACAGCUAACUACUACACUACUUUAUUAUUCAUGAAAAAAAAAAGUCAUAAUCUUGAUUUUCCUUUUGGGCCCCUUUUAAACAUGUCGGUUUCUUCCAGCUUGACAAUACCUGUAUCCAACUUUCUCAUCUCAACAUUCAGUUCUUAGAUAUGAUCGUUUUAGCAUAACUGAAUCUAGAAAGCUUAAAACAUGUUAUUUGUUUUUCAGGUUUGACUUCUCUAAAUUGACUCCUGGUUCAAUUUAGGCCCAGAGUUUUCUCAUCAGGUUGGAUUCUAGAGAAAUCGAUUUGAUCUAUACCUUCCAAAAUCAUGGUAGAAGAUCAUAAUAAAGAGAACAGAGUCAUGGUUGACCUUCAGUCAACCGAAGAGUGGUUGGCAUAUGCCAAUGAUCUUGUACCCGUGGCUCUAGAUAAGGCUCGACAGGUUAAAGGGUUUCAGGGGAGGUGGAAAAUAAUCAUAUCAAAAUUAGAGCAAAUCCCGACCCGGUUAUCAGAUUUAUCGAGCCAUCCAUGCUUCACAAAGAACACGUUAUGCAAAGAACAACUUCAAGCUAUAUCAAAAACUUUAAACGAAUCACUUGAAUUGGCGGAUAAGUGUUCUAAAGAUAAACAAGAAGGAAAGCUUCAAAUGCAGAGUGAUCUGGAUGCAUUAUCUGGUAAAAUCGAUUUGAAUCUACGAGACUGCGGCCUUUUAAUAAAAACCGGGAUUUUGGGAGAGGUUGCAUCGUCGGGAGUUGAAAGUACUAGUCAAGGAAGCAGCAACAUCACGGAGCUUUUAGCUCGGCUGCAAAUCGGGCAUUUGGAAGCUAAACAUAAAGCUCUUGAUAAUCUUGUUGAGUUGAUGAGGGAAGAUGAAAAGACUGUUUUGCCCUUCUUAGGGCGAAGCAGUUUAUCGGCUUUGGUACAGCUCCUUACAGCUACAUCUCCAACAAUACGAGAGAAGGCCGUUACCCUAAUUUGCACAUUAGCAGAAUCGGGUUCUUAUAAUAGUUUACUUGUUUCAGAAGGUGUUUUACCUCCUCUCAUAAGGCUGCUCGAGUCCGGUAGCUCGGUUGGUCGAGAAAAAUCUGCUAUCUCCCUUCAAAGACUAUCCAUGUCAGGAGAGAUAGCGCGUUUGAUAGUGGGCCAUGGUGGGGUGCAGCCGCUUAUUGAAGUAUGUUGCACGGGUGAUUCUGUUUCCCAAGCGUCAACUACAUGCACUUUGAAAAACUUAUCAGUGAUUCCGGAACUACACCCGACCCUAGCCGAAGAAGGGGUUGUGAGGAUCAUGAUUAGCUUACUCGAUUCUGAGGUACUGUUGGCAUCUAAAGAAUAUGCGGCAGAAUGCUUGCAGAAUCUCACUUUGAGUAACGAAGAUAUCAAGCAGUCUGUUAUCACCGAAGGUGGAAUUCGCAGUCUGCUGGCUUACCUCGAUAUUGGUCUGCCUCAGGAACCUGCGGUCAGGACAGUACGAAACCUCGUGGGGUCCAUUUCAGCCGAAACACUAAUUUCAGUAGGGUUGCUUCCAAGGCUCGUGCACGUACUUAAAACGGGGUCAACCGGAGCCCAAACAGCGGCGAUCGGGACCGUAUGUCGGAUUUGUGAGUCGGUAGAAAUGAAAAAACUUGUGGGAGAAUCAGGGUGUAUCCCGGUACUAAUUAAAUUACUUGAAGUGAAAGCGAAGGAGGUUCGGGAGGUGGCGGCUCAGGCGUUGGGGAGCCUAAUGACACUUGGGUGUAAUGCUCGAGAAGUGAAGCAGGAUGCAAGAAGUGUACCGAAUUUGGUCCAGUUACUCGACCCGAGUGCGCAAAACACGGCAAAAAAGUAUGCGGUUGGUUGCCUUGUGGUUCUGUCAAGUAGCAAGAAGUGUCGUAAGGUUAUGAUAUCGUAUGGUGCAAUUGGGUAUUUGAAAAAACUAACGGAAAUGGAUAUAAUUGGAUCUAAAAAACUGUUGGAAACACUGCAGAGAGGUAAAUUUAGAAGCUUGUUGGGGUAAGUUUAGGUUUUGAGGUGUAAAAUGUUGUUUCAUUGUCUUGUAUGAAACAUUGUAAGUUGGAUGCUUUUUAUAAGGUUGUAAAAAUAACCGUCUUUUACCGACUGUCAACUUCGAUCCAUAAGUGUGUAAUUAAGUGAUUGUUAUAUACACAAUUAAAACUAAUUAUUUGAAAA